CAACUACAUUUAAGGCAGCUUUGGAGUCCGGUUAGAGAGAGAGAGUAAGAAGCUGUGAGAGAGAGAGAGAGAGAGAGAGAGCAUUUUCUGACCUAAAAGCUUCUGUCUUUCAGCUUCCUUGUUUGUCUCUGAUUCAUAAAAAACGUCACUUUUCUCAUAGAUUUCAUAUCUGAAAACUGUCCCUGCCAAUGCUUCAGCUAUGGAUCUCUCCUAUUUCAAUCUGGGUAAAGGGUGGUGGUGUUCUGAUCUAGCUUGGUACCAAAUCCAACGCUUAUGAGUCUUUAUUGGUGGGAAAGAUGAAUAUAUAUAUAUAUAUAUAUAUAUAUAUAUACAGUCUUGAGCUGAAAGACUGAAACUCUCCUGUUUUGGCAGCCAUAUGCAUGCUGUGCUUGGAUACAGUUCUUUUCAACUUCAAAGAAGAUACAUACAUUCAUAGUUAUUCUUGAGAUUGACCAGAACAAUGUCAUUCCGAAGCAUAGUUCGGGAUGUGAGGGAUAGUAUUGGGAGCUUAUCUAGGCGCAGUUUUGAUGUUAGGCUGACCGGCCAUCAUAGAGGAAAAUCUCAUGGAUCGGUACAGGAUUUGCAUGACCAGCCUCUAGUAAUUCAAAAUAGUCGCUGGGCAAGCUUACCCCCAGAACUACUGUAUGAUGUCAUUAGACGGCUGGAGGAGAGUGAGAACACAUGGCCUGCUCGAAAGCACGUUGUUGCAUGUUCUGCAGUUUGCCAGUCUUGGAGGAGGAUGUGCAAGGAAAUUGUUAAGAGCCCUGAGUUCUGUGGCAAACUUACAUUUCCUGUGUCCCUGAAGCAGCCUGGGCCACGAGAUGGAAUUAUUCAGUGUUUCAUCAAAAGAGAUAAAUCUAAUUCAACAUAUCACCUAUUCCUCUGUCUCAGCCCUGCUUUGUUAGUUGAAAAUGGAAAAUUCCUCCUUUCUGCUAAGAGGAUGCGGAGAACUACAUACACAGAAUAUGUUAUUUCUAUGGAUGCUGACAACAUCUCGAGAUCAAGUAACACAUACAUUGGAAAGCUGCGAUCAAACUUCAUUGGAACGAAAUUCAUUAUAUUCGAUACACAGCCUCCAUAUUCCUCUGCCCAUAUAUGCCCUCCUGAAGGAACUGGGAGAACGAGCCGCAGAUUUUAUUCCAAAAAGGUCUCUCCAAAGGUUCCAUCUGGAAGUUACAACAUAGCUCAGGUAACAUAUGAAUUAAAUGUCCUUGGGACACGGGGCCCAAGGAAGAUGCACUGCAUCAUGCAUUCAAUACCGGCCGCAGCACUUGACGCUGGCGGCAGUGUUCCUGGCCAACCAGAGCUGCUCCCCCGUUCCCUGGAGGACUCAUUUCGGAGCAUCUCAUUUUCCAAGUCUCUAGAUCACUCUAUUGAGUUCAGCAGCUCACGAUUUUCUGAUAUCGGUGGAUCUGUUACCAAUGAGGAUGAUGAUGGCAAGAUAAGACCCUUGGUUCUUAAAAACAAGCCUCCAAGAUGGCAUGAACAAUUACAAUGUUGGUGCCUCAAUUUCCGAGGAAGGGUGACAGUUGCAUCUGUUAAGAACUUUCAGUUGAUUGCCGCCACCCAGCCUGCUGCCGGUGCGCCCACGCCAUCUCAACCAACUCCACCGGAUCACGACAAGAUUAUCCUGCAGUUCGGGAAAGUUGGGAAAGAUAUGUUCACCAUGGAUUACCGGUAUCCCCUAUCAGCAUUCCAAGCUUUUGCAAUAUGCUUGAGCAGCUUUGACACCAAAUUGGCCUGUGAAUAGUUGAAUCAUGAAGAUAUCUCUAAGAAAAAGCUAAUCAAAUUAUCAUUUCUCUUAUUACCAGUGUAUGACACAAUUGUAACUCUAGUGUAUCCCAUUGUAACAUGGUUUUAGAGCAUUUUUAACUUGAUGUGUUUCAUUCCCCAGUUGAUUCAUGCGUGUCAACGCCACGUUAUCCUUUCUACCAACAGAUUAUUAUCAUUUUAACACAUUUUUAGGUUCUGUUUCCUUCCAAAAUGUAUGCUGGUGUUUUCUGAGGUGUAUCAGGGGGUGCUGCUUGUGGUUAUAUAUUACAAACAGGGCACUGAAUAAAAAGUGAUAUCAAAGUUGUUUGCGAAUCAUGAAAAAAAAAUGCAACUUGGGUACUUGGUUGAUAUGUAAUUAGAAUUUUGUUUUUUUAUAAAUACCCUGAAGUUGUUAAAUAUUGUAAGGGCAGUACGAGUCCAAAUUU